AAAGGGAGCUAGAUCUGACCCGCCGGUUGGGAGGGGGGGCGGCAGCUUCGGCCGAAAGGAGGGUCCUCAAAUACCUCCUUCCUGGGAUGAUGCCCUCCUCAUUGAGUGGGCAUCGGAGGCGCCCCAGAUUCUCUCUCCCUUUGGGGCUGCAGCCCAGGGGGCUGCAGAGGAGGUGUCUCUGCCUGCGAUGGGCUCGGUGGGGGUGGGGGGAAGGCAGGAUCACGGAGGGGGAGAUGCGAAGAGGCCGAGACGGAGGACCCCUCCAUGGUUGUCCCAAAAAGCCUGCGACCUUUCCCCACCACCAAAAAAAAGGGAAGCAAACAAACAAAUUUGGAUUUUUCCCCAUCAAUCCCCAAAUACAACGAGAUCUGAAGAGCCGUGUGGGAGGGAGGCAGCUUGAAGGGGGAAGGGGGUCCCUGACCGUAGCGGGGACGGACUGGGCUCGUUUCUCUCAGUCUCCUCCCCAUGCCCUGCUGCUUCAGUCCUCACCGCCCAGAGCCGGCUCCGGGAGCUGGGGACGCAUCGGCUAGAGGAGACGAUCCUCCCGCCUCUGGAAUUGGGGGUGCGGGGGUGGGGGCCAAGCAAGGGGCGGCGCGCAGCCAAGUUGCAAAUUGGAUUAGGGAGCGUGGGGGUGAGAGCCACGGGAGGGGUAAGGGAGCUGGGCCGAGGGGCCCGGGCCGAGAGAGCGCUGAGCGGGGCAGCUGUCCCCACCGGCGGCCGACCAGCCUGUCUCCACUGCCAGGAGAGAACAGGCUUUCAGGGCGAGUGCGCCGCCUUCCCUGGCAAAGAUAUCUGGUCCCUAAAAUCCCCACCCGGUCUCUGCCCUGACCCUGAGAAGAAGCAGGCGCGGGGAGCAGCCCCCGAUUCAAGCGAGGGGCGGAGCCGGGGCCCAGAGCCUGGGAGAGGGCCUGGGCCGAGAUCCCAGGCCGGCAGCCGGGCACCAUGCUGACCCGCCUGUUCAGCGAGCCCGGCCUUCUCUCGGACGUGCCCAAGUUCGCCAGCUGGGGCGACGGCGAAGACGACGAGCCGAGGAGCGACAAGGGCGACGCGCCGCCACCGCCACCGCCUGCGCCCGGGCCGGGGGCUCCGGGUCCAGCCCGGGCGGCCAAGCCAGUUCCUCUCCGUGGAGAAGAGGGGCCGGAGGCCACGUUGGCCGAGGUCAAGGAGGAAGGCGAGCUGGGGGGCGAGGAGGAGGAGGAAGAAGAGGAGGAAGAAGGACUGGACGAGGCGGAGGGCGAGCGGCCCAAGAAGCGCGGACCCAAGAAGCGCAAGAUGACCAAGGCGCGCUUGGAGCGCUCCAAGCUUCGGCGACAGAAGGCGAACGCGCGGGAGCGCAACCGCAUGCACGACCUGAACGCAGCCCUGGACAACCUGCGCAAGGUGGUGCCCUGCUACUCCAAGACGCAGAAAUUGUCCAAGAUCGAGACGCUACGCCUAGCCAAGAACUACAUCUGGGCGCUCUCGGAGAUCCUGCGCUCCGGCAAGCGGCCAGACCUAGUGUCCUACGUGCAGACUCUGUGCAAGGGUCUGUCGCAGCCCACCACCAAUCUGGUGGCCGGCUGUCUGCAGCUCAACUCGCGCAACUUCCUCACGGAGCAAGGCGCCGACGGUGCCGGCCGCUUCCACGGCUCGGGCGGCCCGUUCGCCAUGCACCCCUACCCGUAUCCGUGCUCGCGCCUGGCGGGCGCACAGUGCCAGGCGGCCGGCGGCCUGGGCGGCGGCGCGGCGCACGCCCUGCGGACCCACGGCUACUGCGCCGCCUACGAGACGCUGUAUGCUGCGGCAGGCGGUGGCGGCGCGAGCCCGGACUACAACAGCUCCGAGUACGAGGGCCCGCUCAGCCCCCCGCUCUGUCUCAAUGGCAACUUCUCGCUCAAGCAGGACUCCUCGCCCGACCACGAGAAAAGCUACCACUACUCUAUGCACUACUCGGCGCUGCCCGGCUCGCGGCCCACGGGCCACGGGCUAGUCUUCGGCUCGUCGGCUGUGCGCGGGGGCGUCCACUCGGAGAAUCUCUUGUCUUACGAUAUGCACCUUCACCACGACCGGGGCCCCAUGUAUGAGGAGCUCAAUGCGUUUUUUCAUAACUGAGACUUCGCGCCGGCUCCCUUCUUUUUCUUUUGCCUUUGCCCGCCCCCCUGUCCCCAGCCCCCAGAGCGCAGGGACACCCCCACCGACCCCAGCGCCGGGCGCGGGGAGCGGGCCACCGGUCCUGCCGCUCUCUUGGGGCAGCGCAGUCCUGUUACCUGUGGGUGGCCCGUCCCAGGGGCCUCGCUUCCCCCAGGGGACUCGCCUUCUCUCUCCCCAAGGGGUUCCCUCCUCCUCUCUUCCAAGGAGUGCUUCUCCAGGGACCAGUCUCCGGGCGCUCCCUGGAGACACCCCCUCCCCCAUUCCCAAUAUCUUCGCUGAGGUUUCCUCCUCCCUGCAGGCCCAAGGCGUUGGUAAGGGGGCAGCUGAGCGAUGGAACGCGUUUUACCCUCUCAUUAUUAUUUUAAAAACAGACACCCAGCUGCCGAGGCAAAAAGGAGUCAGGCGCUCCCUCUUUCUUGAAGAGGGUAGAAGUCAGGGCGCCGGAGCCCGGGCCUGGAACGCCCUCACCCCCAACCUCCAGUCUCCGCGUUUUGCGAUUUUAAUUUUGGCGGGAGGGGAAGCGGAUUGAGAGGAGGGAGAGGCCAAGAAAAUUUGUAACUAGAAUCUGUUUUUCCCUUUUCCUUUUUUUAAACAAACAAACAUACAAAAGAAAAAAAAAAAAAAAAAAAAAAAAGCUAAGA